GACUUCGCCGGAAAUACAGGCAUGGGUCAAAGUUAAAACGCUUGCCAUGCACGAUGUGAAGAACCAAAGCGUGCAAACUGAUGUGGCCAAGUUUAUUCAAUUCGUUAUCAUUUCUGUUAUUUAGUUGUUGUGUUUGUGUUAACGUCGGAAUAUGUCUCCAAAGAAGAAGCAUGGGUCAAGUCAUCAAUUGAUCCAUUUGAUCUAUCGACAUUUGAAGGAAAACGGCUUUCAGAAAGCUGCAGAAGAACUCAAAAAGCAUGUGAAGGGCGGAGAACCAGAAGCCUUGUCAACUUCACUACUGGACAUCUACAAUAAAUGGUUUGGAGAUGCUUCCAAGAGUACAAAGACUGGAACAGAACCGGAUUCUUCUGAGUUAAAAAAGAACCGUCAAGCAGACCCUGAAAGCAGCACAGAGAGCUCGAGUUCAGCAGAAGAACAAACAACACCUGUUAAAGCCUCCCAGACUCCAAAGCCUAAGAGCUCAGCUAAGGCCAGCCCAACUAAGGCCAAGACUGCAGUGCAGACGACUCUUGGAGGGAAGGGGACAGUAGUGGAGGAGAUCUCUGGGACAGACAGCUCAGAGGACUCUGAGAGUGAGGAGACACCGCCCCAAAAAAGCCCUGCUACGCCCAAAGCCAAUCAUGUUCCAGCUGCAAAGAUCAAGGCCGUGUCAGAGGUCACACCAUCGACCCCAACCAAGGCCAAGUUAACAACCACUUCCACGCCUAAAUCUGGGGCCUCCAGCAAUACCACUGAUACGUCGUCAGCCAGGAAAGAGACAACAACAGUGAAAACACCCUUGGCGCCAGCACCAGUGACGGCAACCAGUAAAGCAACAUCAACAGCCAAGACGAAAGCUACUCCAACUAAAGCAGUGGUCGUUGCUACUCCAAGCAAGGCCACGGCAACAACAACUGCCACACCGGCAUCUACAGCAUCGGACUCAUCCAGUUGCAGCAGUGAAUCGUCAGAUAGCGAUGAGGAGAGUCCCGCGGUGAAAACACCCACAACACCAAAAGCAAAACCGGUAACACCAAUUAGUAAAACAACAUUAACGGCCAAGCCAACAACCAAGUCGAAGACUACAGUACCAGAGUCUUCCAGUGACAGCUGUGAUUCAUCAUCAGAAAGUGAAGAGGAAUGUCCAACAGUGAAAACACAGACAGCGCCAGUGAAGCAACAGACAGCAACACCAACAGCCAAGACGAAAGCCACCCCAGUUAAACCAGUGGUUGCUGCUACCCCAAAUAAGACCUUGGCUAGUAAGGAGUCCAGUGAUAGCAUUGAUUCGUCAUCAGGCAGCAACGGGGAGGGUCCAGCAACAACAACAGCUGCCACUCCGAAAGCUACACCAGUGGUGCAACAGAAAGCAACAUCAACAGCCAAGACGAAAGCUACUCCAACUAAAGCAGUGGUUGUUGCUACUCCAAGCAAGGCCACGGCAACAACAACUGCCACACCUGCAUCUACAGCAUCGGACUCAUCCAGUUGCAGCAGUGAAUCGUCAGAUAGCGAUGAGGAGAGUCCCGCGGUGAAAACACCCACAACACCAAAAGCAACACCUGCAAAACCGGUAACACCAAUUAGUAAAAUAACAUCAACGGCCAAGCCAACAACCAAGUCGAAGACUACAGUACCAGAGGCUUCCAGUGACAGCUGUGAUUCAUCAUCAGAAAGUGAAGAGGAAUGUCCAACCGUGAAAACACAGACAGCGCCAGUGAAGCAACAGACAGCAACACCAACAGCCAAGACGAAAGCCCCUCCGGGUACCUCAGUUAAAUCAGUGGUCGCUGCCACUCCAAGCAAGACCCCAGCUAGUAAGGAGUCCAGUGACAGCAUUGAUUUGUCAUCAGACAGCGAAGAGGACAGUCCAGCAACGGAAGCAGCCACAACACCGGCGAAACCCGCUAAUAAUGCUACCCCGGCUAGAGCAGCGACUGUUGCCCCUCCAUGCAAGGCCACGGCAACAGCCACUGUCACAGCCAAGACUACAACAGCAGAGUCAUCUAGUGACAGCAGUGAUUCAUCAGACAGUGAAGAGCAGGUUCCAUCGGUGACAACAGCUGCAACACCGACAGCUACAACGGGGAAGCAAACAAAACCAACAUCAACAGCCAGGAGGAAAGCCCCUCCGGCUACCCCACUUAAACCGGUGGUUGCUGCCACUCUAAGCAAAACCCCAGCUAGUAAGGAGUCCAGUGACCGCAUUGAUUUGUCAUCAGACAGUGAAGAAGAGGGUCCGGCACCGAAAACAGCUGUGACAACAGCCCCUCCUCCUGCUAACCCAGCUAAAGCAGCGACUGUUGCCACUCCAAGCAAGCCUAAGGCAACAGCCACUGUCACCGCCAAGACUACAAAACCAGGGUCAUCUAGUGACAGCAGUGUUUCAGCAACAACAACAGCGGCAAGACCGAAAGAUACACCAGUGAAGCAAUCAAAACCAACAUCAACAGCAAGGACGAAAGCCCUUCCCAGUACCCCAGUUAAACCAAUGGUCGCUGCCACUCCAAGCAAGACCCCAGCUAGUAAGGAGUCCAGUGACAGCAGUGAUUCGUCAUCAGACAGCGAAGACGGCAGUCCAGCAACGAUAACAACCUCAAAACCACAAACUACACCAGUGACGCCAGUGAAACAAGCGAAACUGAAAGCAACAUCAAAAGCCAAGACGAAAGCCACUCCUGCUACUCCAGCUAAGCCCGUGGUUGCUGCUACCCCAAGCAAGGCCCAGGCAACACCCACUGUCACACCUACAAGUACAGCACCAGAGUCGUCCAAUGACAGCAAUGACUCACCAUCAGACACCCCAGCAAAGCAUGCUGAGGUUCAACUUAAGACCCCUGCUUCAGCUAAGAAGGCCCAGAGUGGGGGAAAGGGAAAUAAAUCUGCUUCUAAGGACCUGCUCCUACUGCUGAACAGUCUUACUUCACCCACAGCGAAAGCCAUUGAGAAGAAGAGUGUCCGUAGUGGAGACUCCUCCGUUGAGGAAACUCCAGCUGUUAUAGCAACACCUGCUGUUGCUCCAGCCACAAAUAAAGGAAAGAAGGUGGCUGCAAAAGACAAGAAAGCAACCUCAUCGAAGAAAGCACAAGCCUCAGCUCCAUCAGCCAAGAGGAAAAGAGGUGAAGACAAACCAGGGGACACACCUGUUAAAGGCAAAAAGAAGAAGCCCUCCCCUGAGACUGUCAUGGCUGCCCUGCCUCUGACCGUUCUUGGUCCUCCUCCUACAGGGGGAGACGACUCUGGCUCAGACUCUGACUCCGAUCUGGACGUGGAGAAGUGGAAGAGACUGGCACUGGAACUAUCAGACACAAACAUCGCCAAAAUGGACGCCAUCACUGCGCUGAGCGCUCCACCUGCUCCUGCCUCAGCAGCGAAGAAAACAAGAGCGCCGACGAAGCCCAGGGCUAAAGCUGCAUCGAAGACACCUAAACCCAAGGCUGGCGCUGCAGUGCAAAAGUCUAGUGCUGCUGAAAAAGUCAAGACUACAGCUGAAAAGGAAGAUGGGAAUGGGAAGACCAAGACAUCUGCAAAAGCCAGUAAAGCCACGUCCAGUCAGGCUAAGAAGGCAGCACCUCCCACCCCAUCAGUCAAAGCACCUCCCACCCCAUCAGUCAAAGACAAACAGCCACCCACCAUGCCUGCUACCCCAACACCUAAUGGUUUCCUGUCAGCCAGGAAAAGGAAGAGGAAAAAUAGGAACAAUGGGACUAAAGCAGAUGACAAUUCACCACAACUUCAAAAGAAGAAAAGGGAAACUGGCGAAGAGAAGACGGAUGAAAAGAAAAAUGAGACUGUAGAAGAGAAGGAACCAGGGAAGGAAAAGAAGAGGACGACUAAGGAGAAUGGUGCAAAAAAGGAGAAGGGAACGAAGAAGAAACAGGAGGAGAUAAGAAAGGAAAAUGAGACUAAGAUGGAACUGGAAAAGGAUAAGAAGAAGAAAACGAAUGAGAACUGUGUUGACAAGGAACCACCACCUCCAUCCACCACAGUAACACCUGAUUCUCCAACAGAGAAAAAGAUUAAAAAGCUGAAACUCUCAAAGACUGCAGUGUCUGAGAUGCCAGCCACACCUGCCCAAGACUCCAUCCCUGUACAGCACCCUCCAGCACCCACAGAGACCCCACCUAAAAAGAAAAGUAAAUCAUCUAAGAGUAAGUAAGGCCUUUAGAGAUGAAGACCAUCUAAAAGGGGCCUCUCAAGUGUAUGUGGACCUGGACCCAUUCUACCUAAAUGGCAGUACAGCAACAACGGGUAAAGACUGUCCACAGAAUGGUCUCCCUGGACCAGAUCAACUGGGGAUUUGUUCUAUUUUUUUUAUUACAUUGUAUACUGUAACAAAUUAACUCUUUUCCCGUUUUGCUAAAGUGGAAACUGUUUUUUUUAGCCUAUUUGUUUAUCUAUUUUUUUAAACUGUAACUGCAUGUCCUGUACAGGUUCUAACUGUUUUCCUAUUUGAAGAUGGCAUACUAUGUGAUGUGCCGCAGUUGUUUUUAUGUUACUGUACAUUUUAAUUAUGGUGUUUUCUUGCAUGUCCUUGUGACGGCGGAAAAAAACAGAAUGAUUUACGGAAAUGUUACGUUUACGACAGCUUCUGCUGCUUUGCCUCACAUGGUGGAUAAAGCCGAUCCUAAAUGGAGGGAAUGAUCAGAGGAACCUCAAUACAGUAAUGAAGCCCAGAGCCGUUGUUUAACCCUUACACCCUAGUAAUAAAUGCAUAAUAUGGAAAUAUUUGAGAGAUACUACUAGGAAAAUAGAUUUUUUUUUAAAGUUUCAUGGUCAGAUGUGUUUACUGUAUAUUUUUCACAAAAUUAAGUCAUUUUUCCACA